AUGGCCCUGCCCGUUUCCUUCUUGGUGGCCCUGGUGGUGCUCAGCUGCUCUCUGGGAUGUGACCUGCCUCAGAACCAUGGCCUGUUCAACAGGAGGGCCUUGAUGCUCCUGGGCCAAAUGAGGAGAAUCUCCCCUUUUUCCUGCCUGAGGGACAGAAAUGACUUUGCCUUCCCCAAGGAGAUGCUUGAUGGCAAGCAGUUGCAGAAGGCUCAAGCCCUCUCUGUCGUCCAUGUGAUGAACCAGAAGAUCUUCCACCUCUUCUGCACAGGGGCCUCAUCUGCUUCUUGGAACGAGACCCUCCUAGAGGAGUUCUGCUCGGGACUUUCUGAGCAGCUGACUGACCUGGAAGCCUGUCCCAUGCAGGAGGCGGGGGUGGCAGAGACUCCCCUCAGGAAGGUGGACUCCAUCCUGAGGAACUACUUCCAGAGAAUCUCCCUCUAUCUGCAAGAGAAGCAAUACAGCCCUUGUGCCUGGGAGAUUGUCAGAGCAGAAAUCAUGAAACCCUUCUCUUCAUCAACAACCUUGCAAGGAAGGUUAAGGGGCAAGAAAUGA